AAAAAAUUUCUUACACCUAUUGUUGAAAAAACUAUUAUUUCAAAGAAAUUUUUACACCAUGUACAAGUUGAUUUUGUUUCUUUUGAAAAGUACCCUGAUAAGGAAUAUUGGUAUAUUGCGCAUCUUUGUGAUUAUUUCAUGAGGUUUUCUUGGACAUGCCUAUUACACACUAAAGAAGCAUCUGAG